AAAUAGCAACGGCGGAGGAGCAGAGCACAGCUGGGGAAGGAGGAGGCCAAAGCGAGUCGCUGUGCAGAGGAAUGGCCGACAUUUGAUCGGAGAAGGUUCUCUACAAACCAGGAGAGACAUCACUGAGCCAUGGAGGACUGUGGUAGCCUCAUAGAGUUUGAUGUACCCGAGUUCAGCAACACCGUCCUGAACCAACUCAAUGAGCUCCGUCUCCAGGGCAAGCUAUGCGACAUCAUUGUGCACAUUCAGGGUCAGCCGUUCAGAGCCCACAAGGCUGUCUUGGCCGCAAGUUCACCAUACUUCCGUGAUCAUUCAUCACUUGGCACGAUGAGUGGGCUCUCCAUCUCUGUAAUCAAAAGCCCUGAGGUGUUUGAGCAGCUGCUAGCCUUCUGUUACACUGGCCGAAUGGCGUUGCGUUUACGUGAUGUCAUCAGCUUCCUCACUGCUGCCAGCUUCCUCCAAAUGCAGGCUGUGAUUGACAAAUGCACGCAGAUUCUUGAGGGUAUUCACUCCAAGAUCAGCAUACCUGCCUCUGGUGAGAUCGAUCCAGACAACGAAUGCACCACCUCAAGGGCUGGACGCAAUGGUGUGAAAGACAGAGGAAUCUUUGUGAACCCCACCGAGAUUUCACCAUCCCACUUUUCUCGUCAGAAUCAUUGCAUGGAAGGGCAAAGCUCAGGUAAAGGAAUAGCAGAGGAGGGUCAGUCAGACAGAGGGAGCAGCGACAGCAUAUCAGAGCAAGAGGCAUCCAUGGAGGUCGAGUCUGAACAGGUGGAACUCAUCGGGAAGGAUGGGCAGGUGACCGAUGUCCAUAUUAAGCUGGAGAAAACUGACCGGCCAAGCUACUCCGAUAGCUCAUCGGCAGGGGACGACGGAUAUCACACAGAGCUAGUGGAUGGUGAACAGGUGUUGGCCGUCAGUGUGGGAUCCUACAUGCCCGUGCUUUCCUCAGUCGGAUACACUUACUCUGCACUACCUUCCUCAUGUUUUGUCAGCCUGAGCUCCUCUAGCCCGUCUCGUUCCUUGCUCAGCAGUGUUCGAGGUGGUCGUGCCCGACCCAAACGUCCCGUGCCUCUUCCAGUUGAUAUGCUAACUCAACCUAAGCCAGGUGCUGACGAAGGAGAGCCACCGGCGACAACAGCUACCUUUGAGAAUGAUGUAAGGGAGCGUAGUUUACGAGGACAGUGGUACCCCUACAACGAGAGGCUCAUCUGCAUCUACUGUGGCAAGUCCUUCAAUCAAAAGGGCAGUCUGGACCGUCACAUGCGUCUACACAUGGGCAUCACACCCUUCGUCUGUAAGUUCUGCGGCAAGAAAUACACUCGCAAAGAUCAGCUGGAGUACCACAUCCGUGGCCACACAGACAACAAACCCUUCCAUUGCCAGAUCUGUGGCAAAUGUUUUCCCUUCCAAGGCACACUCAACCAGCACUUGCGCAAGAAGCACAUGACCUCUGGCACAGAAAUUAACAAUCACACCGACCUGCUGGAAGAGGCACCGGAUGGCCAGAGAGGAGAGCAAGAGGAUAUCUCAGAGGGCGAAGCAGCCUGUGGAGCAGCGUACCCUGAUGACUUGUCGAAAAAAUCCCCAAGUGAAGAGAGUGGCAAGUGCAGUCCGGAAGAACCCCCCGCAUCCAAACUCCUGCGUGGAUAUUGAG